AUGCCAGUGCCGUAUACUCACAGUCUGGGCGGUGGUGGUGGCCAUGCGGGUCAAGAGAUACCCAUUAUUUCUUAUAGCAACGACAAUGCAGGUGACGAAAACUAUCAAUAUAGUUAUGAAACUGGAAAUGGUAUUACUGUGCAAGAAACGGGUCAUCGGCAAGGAGAAUCCGAAUCGGUGAACGGAUUCUUUUCUUAUACUUGGCCCGAUAAUGUGCAAUACUCGAUCACAUAUACGGCGGACGAGUACGGCUUUCAUCAUCAAGGCACUCACGCCGUCGAAGCCAGGGAAGAGAAUCAGGACAGCGGUAGUGGAGGAUAUUCACAUGGAGGGAACAGCGGAGUUGUCUCAUUAUCAGGUGGUCACAGUGGACAUGGAGGCAGUGCGUAUCAGGGACCGAAUUUGUACCAGAGCGGAAUUUCAAGCGGUGGCUACCAAUAUCAGACAGUGGAUUAA